AAUAUAGGUGAAGAUAUAUAACAGUAUGUCAAUUUCAGAUAAGUUAGUCUUGUUUUUCCGUAUUCGAUUAGAUAUUGUUAAAAUCCGCGCUGAAAAUGUCUGACAGCGAGGAAGAGACAGACACGAGAGGCCGGGGAGUCGAGGACGAGGCAGAGGAGGCAUCCAGUGAUGAAUUGAGUGGGAGUGGGUCUGAUGAGCCGGAGGGAGAGGAUACAGCGGAGAGGAGUGGGGAGGAGGAAGAAGAGGAUAUAGAGGAGUACUACAAGAGGAACUCAUUGAACCAAAGACCCCCGAAGAAGAAAAAGAAACGAAACCAGACUGGAUUUAUUCUAGACGAAGCAGACGUGAACACAGACGAUGAAGAUGAGGAGGACGAGGCGGAGGAUGGGUAUGAGAAGGCGAGACACGAACUGGACGAGAGAAAUGCCAUGAUGGAGAAACAGACAGAGCAUGCCAGAAAGGCCAGGGCAUUCAUGGAGGAAGUGGAGAGAGGCGAUGCUGCCAACUUGGGUAGAUACUUCUCUGAGAAGUAUGCCAAUGUCCGCGCAGAAGUAGAUGAGGAGGAAGUGCUUCCUGAGGUGUCCCAACAAGCACUCCUUCCGGGUGUCAAGGAUCCCAACUUGUGGCUUGUGAGGUGCAACAUGGGAAGAGAAAAGGAGACAUGUCUGCUCCUCAUGAGGAAGUUCCUGGCGAUGGAAUCCCAAGCACAACGAGGGGAAGCGGAAAACGGGGAGGAAGGGGCAGCUCCCCCAGAGCCUCUACAGAUCAAAAGUGUGGUUGCAGUCGAGGGCUUGAAGGGAUAUAUUUACGUUGAGGCCUAUAAGCAGCAACAUGUGAAGCAAGCUAUUGCCAACAUCAACGCCCUUGACCGAGGCCAGUGGAAGCAGGCGAUGGUUCCUAUCCACGAGAUGGUGGAUGUUUUGAGAGUGGUCAAGGACUCCCAGAUGAUCAAGAAGGGGUCCUGGGUUAGACUGAAGAGAACCGUGUUCAGAGGAGACCUGGCACAGGUAAUGAGAUUUGACCCUCAGAACAAUACUGUGGAUCUGAAACUGAUCCCGAGGAUAGACUACACUAAGUUCAGGGGUAUCAUGCGAGAAUCGAACACAGGGAAGAGGAAGCUAAACAAUAAUAACAGACCACCACAGAAACUAUUCGAUCCAGAGAAGAUCAAAAAGAUAGGGGGAGAGUAUGCGAGGGACGGAGAUACUAUUAUCUUCGAAGGCAACCGGUAUUCGACUAAGGGCUUCCUGUACAAGCAGUUCCGCAUGAACGCCAUCGUCACAGACGGAGUGGAGCCGGGAGUGGCUGAGUUGGAGAAGUUUGAAGAGAGUGUACACUCCAUAGAAGUCAAUGCUAUCUCUUCGAAGGGCGAGAUCAAACAGAACUUGGCUGUGGGAGACAACGUGCAAGUGAUCGAGGGAGAUUUGAAGAAUCUAGAGGGAAAGAUCGUCAAAAUAGAGAAUGGAAAAGCGACCAUGAUGCCCAAACACGAGGAUCUGAAGGAUGCGCUGGAGUUCUCACUGGGCGAGCUGUGCAAGUGUUUCAAGGAGGGAGAUCACGUGAAGGUCAUCAGCGGGGCACAUGAAGGGGACACUGGUCUGAUUGUGAGAGUGGACGAGGACUGGAUUGUUGUAUUGUCAGAUUUGUCCAGAAACGAGAUGAAAGUUCUUCCGCGUGACAUGCAACUGUGCAGUGACAUGUCGAGUGGUGUGGACUCGGCAGGCAUCCACCAACUGGGAGAUCUAGUCAAGAUAGAUGCCAGCAAAGUGGGCGUGAUUGUGAGGGUGGAGAAGGAACACUUCCGCGUGUUGGACAACAUGGGCAAAGUGGAACACCUCCCCCACCAGGCAGUCCAGAAGAUGAAGUAUCCCAAACAUAAUAAUGCUUUGGACUGUGACGACAACCAGCUGAAGGCUGGAAACAUCGUGGAGAUAUCUGAGGGCAGACGAGAGCCCUACAAAGGAAAGAUAUGCUACCUGUUCAAAAAUGCAGCCUUCAUCAGCGUGAAGGAUCUGACAGAGAAUGCGGGAUUUAUGGUGUGCAAGCCAAGGAGACUCAAACUGUCGGGCACUGAUGCUCCGAUCCCUGUGGGACAAGGAGCGAUGCCGAUGGAGCAACCGGGAUAUAUGUCGCCCAAGUUGAGCAGUCCAUCUCACCCAAGUCAAGCGCACAAGAAGGGUGUAGCUUUCUCUCCUGGUCAGACAAUGCAUGGCCAAAUGAUGCUUAAGCGAGACACCUCUCUCAUAGGACAAACUAUCCGCAUCACACGAGGCCCAUACAAAAGUUACGUCGGAAUAGUCAAAGAUGCAACUGAUGCAUUAGCCAGAGUCGAAUUGCAUACAAGUUGUCAAACUAUUUCUGUCGACAAAUCCAGAAUUGCACUUCUCAAUCAACCCAAAGGAGGUGCAACGGAUGCCCGAGUUUCGACUCCUGCUUAUAAUUUGGCCAAGACACCAUCUUAUAUGACUCAUGGCUCCCGAACACCAAUGCAUGGUGGUAUGACCCCAAGCUAUGGUGCCAUGACGCCUAGUUAUGGAUCGAUGACUCCUUCUCAUGAGUUCGGAAACAGAACACCCCAUUAUGGAUCAAUGACUCCGGCACACGAUGGUUCCAUGACACCGGGUCGGGCGAAUGCCUGGGAUCCUACUAAUCCCAAUACUCCCGCAAGGUUCAAUGAGUUCGAGUAUAGCUUUGACGAAGGCGCAACCAGUCCUACGGGCCACAUUCCAGGCACCCCAGCGGGAGCCAUGACUCCGGGUGCAGGGGGAAUGACACCUGGAUACGACUCAAACCACCAUGCCAGCACUCUGGAUCCAGCACGAACACCAGGAGGCAACUUCUCUCCCUUUUCAUCUCACCAUGGAGCUGCAACUCCUGCGGGAAUGAGCUCAUUCAGAGGCUCCCCUUAUGCCACAUCACCAAGUGCAUACAGUCCGGCCAUGAACUCCCCAGCAUCGCCAUCCUACUCUUUGACUUCUGAAAUGCGCACCCCUGGAGGAGGUCCAGGCACCGGCUCUGACCUGGAUGGAGUGCCUCACUCGGAGUGGGUCUCUGUCAACAUACACGUGCUGGACCGCAGCUCGGGAGGACAAGCAGUGGUGCAGAAAAUAUUGCAACCAAAUGAAGUGCAACUGAAAAUCGUUGAGACUGGAAAGAUCAUUCAGUCUAAAAUGACCGACCUGGAACCAGCUCAGCCGGCUAAGGGAGACAUUGUCAAAGUCUUACACGGAGAAAAGAAGGGCCAGAUUUUGAAGCUAGUAAAUCAAGAUGGACCAGAUGGGAUUCUUCAACCAUGGGAACCAGGAGCAAACACUCCCAGUCGAGUCCCGGGAUCCUCAAUGACUCUGCUUCCCUUGUGGCAGCUGGCAAAGGUGGUCGUAUAAACUGAAUAAAUGCAAUCACUAAAAAACAAAUUAGACGUUCAGUUUGAGCUAUGAAAGUGACUGUAUAUGAUUGUGGUAUCAUAUUAUCUCUAUUUAAAUGUCAUUGAUGUAAUAAAUGAACAUAUUUUAGACUUUGUUAAUUGAA